ACUUUCAUUUCUAAACCCCCAAAACUCAACACAGCCACCUUCUUCGUCAGCUCCAUCUCCCCUCACCCAAAAGCGCUCAGCCGCCGUCGUCCCUCCCUCACCAUCUCCGACGACCCAAGCGCAAAUGUCGGAGUCACCCAGGCCCAUCUCCCGAAGCUAGGUGACCCGAGCUUAGCCCUCGCCACCAUCUGACCACCCUUGCGCCACCUCACCUCGCCUGUUCCCACACCAAACCCAGACCAGAGCAGUCGCUGCUCACGGUGGAGGAUUUCUGCUCUUUAUGGUCGACGACGGAGACUUCUCUGCUUUCCUUCAACGGAUUUUGUAUUCAAAUGAUUGUAGUGUAGCUGUGGUGGAAUAGAGGAAGAAGACAGUAAUGGCGAGUCGAAGAGUGAGAGUAGAAGCAGAGUCAGAAAGCACAACUGAUACACAGACCAAGUCAGAAAUGUCGAAGAAUGACGACUUGAAAUGGUUAAAAGACCUUCCAGACGUUCCAAUGGGAAAACUUUCACCCCAUCUCGAAUUCCAGAGAACCCGGGUUGAAUGCAAGGCUGAUGCUCCCAUUCACACUGAUACCAUACAGUACUCUGGUGCAUACGCAUCUGUGGGUUAUGAUAAUAGUGUGCGGUUGGAUAAUUUCUGCGACAAUUUUAAAGUUAAGGUGAUUCGACUGACAGAGGAAGAUAUGGAGUUUGAUAUGAUUGGUAUCGAUCCAGCACUUGCAAAUGCAUUUCGGAGAAUCCUUAUUGCUGAGGUUCCAACAAUGGCUAUUGAAAAAGUUCUCAUUGCAAAUAAUACAUCAGUUGUUCAAGAUGAAGUUCUUUCCCACAGGUUGGGUCUCAUUCCAAUCAAGGUUGACCCGAGAUGGUUUGAAUAUGCAGACAAUAAUACACCAAAUGAAAAGAACACUAUUGUUUUUAAGCUCCACGUUCGUUGUGCAAAAGACAUGCCUCGCACUUCAGUAAAGUCAAAUGAAUUGAAGUGGUUACCCCAUGGAAGUGAGUUUCCUUUGAUCUCAGAAGAUUCGAAGUCUGGUUCAUCAUCAAAACCAAGAACAUACACAUCAUUCGCUUGCAGCCAGGAUUCCUUUCCAGAGUUUUCCAACAACCCAAUCACCACUAUGGAAAAUAUUAUUAUAUCUAAGUUGGGCCCUGGCCAGGAAAUUGAAUUAGAAGCACACGCUGUUAAAGGCCUCGGUAAAACUCAUGCUAAGUGGUCUCCUGUGGCUACUGCCUGGUAUAGGAUGCUUCCUGAGGUUGUAUUAUUGCAAAAGGUUGAAGACGAGUUAGCUGUGGAACUAAAAAAUAAAUGUCCGGUCAAUGUCUUUGAUAUUGAAGAUAUUGGCAACGGCAAGAAACGAGCUACAGUAGCACGUCCACGAGAUUGCACUCUUUGUAGGGAGUGCAUUAUAGGUGGUGAAGAAUGGAAGGAUCGUGUAUCAUUACGCCGAGUUAAAGGUCAUUUCAUAUUUAAUAUUGAAUCAACUGGAGCCUUACCUCCUGAAGUAUUAUUUACGGAAGCAGUAAAGAUUUUGGAAGACAAAUGCGAACGAGUGAUUGCUGAGCUUUCAUAAAUCUGUUUUGUUCACUUGAUAGAGAAAGAGAAUGCAAUUUUUGUAAAACCCUUUAAUCUUAGAAUCUAUCUGUGUAGAAGCUACUGCUAAUUCAUUAUCAUCAAGAAAAGAAGCCAUUCAGGCCA